CCUGGAUGGGUUUAUCCAAUCAUAUUCAGUGGAAAAUAAGCACAUGGUGUAUCUUUGAUACAGACACUACUCAGGCAAUAGGUUUCUGUUUGCAAGUGUUGAUGUUGGAUUAAAGUCUAUAGAAUUAAAUUCUGGUUUUUACUCUGAUGUAUGAUUUCAGCUUCUUCUUUCCAUGCCUCAUGUUUAUGGCAGAAUUUAAUAUAAUUUUUUUUAUCCUUUCUUGAAGUGCCUUACAUUCUCAAAGUCCUGCCAGUCCCUCUGCUACCAGUUUCUUUGCUUCUUCCAGUUGCCUUUCCUCCCCUUUGUAUCACAUUUCCUACAGACCUACAAUGCAAGUUCUUCUCCACCUCUGCAUUCUCCCUAAUUUUACUUCUAGACUUUGCUUGGAGGGUAAUACACAUGAAGAAAUGUAAUGCCCAGCUAACCUGGAUAUGGAGAUGCAAUAAAUCUGAGAAAACUGUGCUUUAAAUAGAGAAGUAACUUUUCCUGAGUGAAAGUGAGGAUUUUAAAUGGCUAAAAAGAACAGUGUUGCCAGCAUAGCCCUUCUAAUCUGUGUGAACUUCAUCACUAUAAUCCCUCAGUAAAGCUAUUCUAAUAGGAACGUGGCCAACAGAAAUUCCUCUACAAGCAGUUUCCUCUCCUACUUGCACUUAAUUCGAACUUCCAUGUUUCCAUUUUAUUCUGGGUUAUUGCACUGCUUCUUUAAAUAUUCUGGCUGUUUUCUCUUACUUCUUUUUUAAUUACCACCUUUGCUGAUAAACAUCUCAUGCUUGUUCAUAUGCUUAUUUUGUCAAAUGCUUCAGUGUAAAGUUUAAGUUUUUUUUCAGAUUCAUCAAAUAGGUAAUUUACAAUAGCUUGAUGAUUAUCUUGAAGAAUUAUUUCAGUAAAUGUAGAUUUUUCUGACAUUUUAACCUUGUCUUCCAGAAGAACAAUCACAGCAGAGUUAGGAGAGUCUUCCAUUCCAUAUGAAAGAAAUAUGCAUGUUUUCAAGGAAUGAGAUGGGACUGAGAUGGCAUAGUUUUUGAUACUUGCAUUUAUGCUGUUGCUUUUUUCAGAAGAAUGUUUGAAAAUUGAAACAUAUAAAAAAUUAUUGCAGACCCCUGUAUUUACAAAAAAAAAAAAAAAAUCAUCUAUGGCUCCUGAAACUUAUGUUCAAACCUUUGAUUUUUUUUCUUUUGUAUACUGCUAUUAUUUCAGGGGAUCAGGGAAAGGAAGUUUAAGUAACAACAGAGUUUUUUAAAACUCCCUCUUCUCAUUGAACAAGCAAUUUGGCUGAUAUACAUCAGAAAAUUCUGUGUCUGCAUUUCCAGUUCCUAGCUGCUGAAAAUUUAGAUUUGAUGAACAAUAAAAGGCCGAAGAUUGACUCUUCAAGCUACCUUUCUUUUGCUUGCCAUUCUUGGUUAUGACAAAUACAGCAUUCUUUGCCUAUGAGUGAUAUUUUGAAGUGGAGUUUUUACAAAUAUCACUUCACAUGUUUCAUAUUUAUUCUAGUUUAAUCAAUAUAUCAUAUAGAAAAUCCCUGCUGCUUCUCAGUAUUGAAGGUCUUGAUCUUAUAACUGACAGCACAUUAGUGGGCAGCUAUUGUUGCUCUGGGGAAUCUGUUGAAAGCGGUGCAAGGGAAGACUAAAGAUUAAAAAAAAAAUCACCUUUUAAUGAUAGCUAUGGUAUAUGUCACUGCUGAAGUCCUUCAGUGUGCUUCUUUCCCUUUUCUCUCCCUCCUCAGCAGCGCUGCCCUGACUGGCUGCACACUCUAGUUUAUGCAAUGUGGUUACAAAUAUGUUUUGAAAGUCUGUUCCAGUGACAGUCCAGUUUGUUGUCCUUUUGCAGUAAAGGCUUGUACCCAUUUCUGAGAAUACCUUGCAAUUCUUAUCUUACAUAAUUAGCAUGUCACAGCUCUUUGUUUGCCUGAAGAAUUCAACUGACUUCAAAAUGUCCACGUGAACCUGUGUGCCACAGCAUAGAGCCUGCCCUAAACUUCAUGCAGCAUGAGCAUCUCGCCCGUCUGACUAUGCCACCCUCACUGCUCACACCCCACAGGUGCACCACCACUCAUCCCUUUGGCACCCAAAAAACAGGUCUCGUGACACGUCCAACAGCAGCGUUCAGUUUCUUUGCAGUUUUAAGAUCAAAUUUGUCUCUCGCGACUGUUGACGUGGCUUUUGCAACUGAACCAGCACGAACCUCGGCCCAGAGGAAAAUUCAUCUCGUGCAGCUGCACAGCACCCCAGGGCAGCCAGACUGUGCAGAGAAAUGCUGCUCAGGAGGUGCUCUCUGUCCUCUUGUGAUGCACCACGGGAGUGCCGCCGGUGAGACAGCACCUUUGCAGUGGGCUGAAGUGUAGCAGUUGUAUUUUAACAUUCUACCACAGCUAGUGCAUGCCACAGUAUGCACUGUGAGGCUUAAAGCUGUAAAACUGUACAGUGCUAUGUACCACAAUACAGCACAGAUGUUAUGGCACUACAAGUUUCCACAAACAAUUUGAAGCAGCAGAAGCAGCAGUCCAGCACCCCUUCUACUGCUAGCCACCCUUUUCCACCCUUGUUUUAUCUGUUCUCUUGUAGAACUCAAAGUUUUGUGAGACCAGGCAAUGCAAAAAUGUAAAUAAUGUUGUCUAAAGCUAACUCUAUUUUUUAGUGUUCAGCCUAUAUUUAUUAGUAUUCAAAGCUUAUUCAAUUCAAGCUUUUACCUGGAUCUGUCCUUAUACUUUUUCCCAAACGCAACCACAAACAUUCAUGCUGGCCUAAGGGAAGGGAAUGGAUGGGAUUGAACGAGCAGUGGCAGUGGGGGAGCAAUUUUUAGGACAUUAGCUUACAGAAGACUGAGAUGCUUGUAGAACUGCUGUCUAAAGACAAUGGCAAGUUUUUUGUGCUUAGUGUACAGCUACUUUCAGGUUUUUCAAGUUAUCCAAGUCAAAUUGUGUUGUAGUUUUGAUUUUUAAGGUAAGAUUUGGAUCAGGGUACAUACAGAAGUAAUAAAAAUGAAAAGUCAUUUACCACAAGGCAGCUGCACAAAUCGUUUCCGAGUAUUAAAAUGGGGUUGAAGUUAUAGUUAAAACUUUGUGAAUUACUAAAAUGAAGGUUUAGAAACUACUCUGAAUAUUCCUGCAUGUUGCCCUUUCAAUACCCAUCCAGUUUAAAUUAUUUUAGCACCACAGGUGCCAAUGCAAGAUAUAAUGCAAUGGUAUAAUCAGUUCAUCUGAGGCUCUGCAGACUGACUGUGCAGCUGAUAAAACCAUGGGGCACUAAAACUGGCCGCCAGUAAUCUUGCUAGGGUGCUAUAUUUACUUAGUCUAUUCUGGUAGCGAUCUGUAAGAGGUUUAAAGUAGCUCUCGAAGGCAGAGUUGGUGUUUGAAUGAUCAUUGUUUGGAAGCAAGAAUCAGCAUUUGGAUGAAUAGAUACUGAAAAAAGUUACCUGGUAUGUUUGAUGCAAUGGGUGCUGCUGGAUCAGCAGAUGACAUUAAUGCUAUGGAAAUUCACCACUGGUACACAAAAUUUAUGAAGGAGUGCCCAUCUGGACAACUUUGUCUACAUGAAUUUAAACAUGUCCUGGAUCUACACGGACUUACUCCAGAAGCUAACAGCUACGUUGAACAAGUAUUUCACACAUUUGACAUGAAUAAGGAUGGAUUUAUAGACUUCUUGGAGUUCAUAGCUGCAAUAAAUUUGGUUAUACGAGGGAAAAUUGACCAAAAAUUGAAAUGGUAUUUCAAGCUAUACGAUGCUGAUGGAAACGGAUGUAUUGACAAAAAAGAACUACUAAGCAUAUUCUCGGCUAUCCAGGCUAUAAAUGGCUACACCAACAUGAGUGCUGAAGAGUUCACAAACAUGGUAUUUCAGAAGAUAGAUGUGAACAAUGAUGGGGAACUGACUUUGGAAGAGUUUAUCAACGGUGUGGAAAGCGAUGAGGACCUAAUGGAAUUGAUUUCGAAAAGUUUUGACCUUUCCAACGUACUCAAAGUCAUACAGAACGGCAGGAGGAACAGCGUCUGAAGGAUCCAGUGACAGAUGUGGCCUUUGUGUCAUCAUUUCAAGGAAGAUAAUAUUUGAUAUAUUCAGAGAGCUUGAUGUUGUUAAAUCCUGCUCGGGCAAUAGCGAGCAGCCUGCUCCAGGAAUAACAAUUUUCACUCUUCAUAUAUCUCCUUUUCUUUUCUUUAUUCUUUUCCUUGCUCAUGACUGUGGCAGCCACACGGAAAAAAAACAGCUUCGGCUGCCUAUAAUAGAAAAGGUAUUUGAUGCAGUAAAAGUAACUUACUUGGUCUCUAUGAGCAUGUUGACAUUAAACCUCAGGCAGCAAUUAAGCACCACCCAGCUGGGGGCUCACUGCACUCCAGUGGGACAGGGAAGAGUGAAAGUGCAAAAACUUGUGGGCUGAGAUAAAGACAAUUUAAAAGGUGAAGAAAAAGCUGUGCACUCAAGCAAAGCAGAACAAGGACUUAAUUCACCUCUCCCCAUGGGCAGGCAAGUGUUUAGCCAGCUCCAGGAAAGCAUGGAUCCAUCAAGCAUAAUGGUGACUUGGGAAAACAAAUGCUAUCACUCUGAACAUUCCCUCCCUUGCUUCUUCUUCCCCAGCUGUAUAUGCUGAGCAUGACACCAUAUGGUGUGAGAUAUCCUUGGGGUCAGUUGGGGUCAGCUGUUCCAGCUGUGUCCCCUCCCAGCUUCUUGUGCACCCCGAGCCUUCUCACUGGUGGGGUGAGAGGCAGAAAAAGACUUGAUGCUAUGCAAGCACUUCUCAGCAGUAAUGAAAACAUCUUUGUGUUAUCAAUGUUGUUUUGGUCACAAAUCCAAAACACAGCCUCAUACCAGCUACUAUGAAGAAAAUUACCUCUAUCCAAGCUGAAACCAGCACAUUCUCUUCUGUUCAGAUAAAUCAAUAAAAUAAUAAAAAUAAUACAAAAUGCAACCUUUCUAGAUGACACAGAGUUAAUAAAUUUCUUCUUUUAAUUCUGGGGUUUUUAACCCUACUUCCUAAAGGGUGGACACAAACUUCUAGGUAGGACUGGGUUCUAUCUAGAUCAAUUAAGAGCAAAGCCUACUUUGUAUUAAUCUAACAUUUGCUCUAAUCAGUACUCAAAAUUGAAUUACAGUCUCUGGGAAACACCUCAGUCAGCUUAAUAUUCCCAAGAUGUGUAUCAUCCUUAACAAGCCUUCUACAACUCUUGAUUUUAUUACAUCCGUAAAUUAAAAUAAUGUGAUAUUUUGAUGUUUCUUUCAGGGUUCCGUUACUGUUCUUUCAAGUUAACCUUUUAUAAAAGUGCUGGAAUUAAAUUUUUUAUCUUUCUAGAGCAAAAUUAGAAGUUCAAAGAAUAGCUAAAACCCAAAUCAUUUUCCAAGCACUCCAAGAGAUUUGUGUCCUUUGACUUGUAUGUCCUCCUUUGCAAAACAAUUUGUUUUCACUGGCCUCACCCCUAAUUAUGACACUGCUGGCUUCUCCAAAACAGACAGCCUUUCCCUGACAAGGAGUACUAAUUUAAGUAUCUUUGUCCUGCCCAGAUACCUGGGUGAAAGCUUUUAGCAAUUGAGUUUCUUUGAGAUUUUACCUCCUUUCAAACUAGGUUGCAAUUGUCUCUGAAGGUGGUAGCUGUCAGGAGUGAAGGGAAGGCAUUUGCAGACGCAUGAUCACAUAUUCCUCAUUUUUUAGGAAACCAGGCUCAAAACAACACAACUUUACUUUAUAAAUAAUGAGAUUAAUUCUAUGAGCUGAGAUGGAAUGGCAUGAAAUAUCUGCAAAAGGAAAAUUAUAGUUCUUUCUGGUUCUAUUGGGAUUGAUUCUCAAGUCUGUAACAAGUUUUAUCAAAUUACUAUAUUAUAAGACUAAGUUCUCCUUGGCUGACAGUGCCCUGUAGGCAUCACACUAAUAUUAGUUAUUGUUAGAAGCAUCAGUUUUAUACAAAGUAAUUUGUGCAAGGAUUGGUGCAGAUUGAACAAAACAAUUUUUAAGACUUCAAUACGAAAAUGUUUUUCUUCCAAAUUCCCUUCAAAUCCAUGUCCACUGCAAAUGAAAUGUACUCCAUCAUCUACCAUUAUUAUCCCAGGUUCUAGGUAUAGUAAGAGCAUGCCAUAUGCAUCACUUGACAUUAUAAACAGUCCUGACAUUAUAGUUCUGACAUUUGAAUCUUUUACAUCCUUAAAAAAAAAAAGACAGAGAGAGAGAAUGAUGUAUGAGAUUGCUGGUGGUUUGAAUAUUAAGUUCUUGUAUUUAUUCAUCAUUGACACAUUAAUAUGUCACUGUCAGUAUCAGUUUUCUCACACCCAGACUUCAGAAAGCCACUUCUCUUAAUCUAAUGCUUUUCUAUUUGAAGCUGAUGAGGGUGGUGUCCUUCAGAAUUGCCUUUACAAUAUGUAAAAUAAAAUGGUUCAAUCUAA